AUGGAUGCUGUGGAACUUGCCAGAAAGCUUCAGGAGGAGGCCACUUGCUCCAUCUGCCUGGACUACUUCACAGACCCGGUGAUGACGGCCUGUGGCCACAACUUCUGCCGGGAAUGCAUCCAGAUGAGCUGGGAGAAAGGGAGAGGGAAGAAAGGGAGACGGAAGAGAAGGGGUUCCUUCCCCUGUCCUGAGUGCAGGGAGAUGUCCCCACAGAGGAACCUCCGGCCCAAUCGCCUGUUGACCAAAGUGGCCGAGAUGGCGCGCCAGCACCCCAGCCUCCAGAAGAGGGACCUGUGUAAGACACACCAGGAACUGCUGAAGCUGUUCUGCCAGGAGGACCAGAGCCCUAUCUGCGUGAUCUGCAGGGAGUCCCGAGAACACCGGCUCCACACCGUCUUCCCUAUCGAUGAGGCCAUCCAGGAUUACAAGGCGAAGUUGGAGGAAAACAUGGAGUACCUGAGAGAGGAAAUGAUGAAGACUGAGGAGGCUCUGGCCAGAGAAGACCAGACUAUGAAAGAAUGGCAGGCAGGUAAGGUGAGGAACCUAAGAGACCGCAUAGCGAUGGAGUUUGAGAAGAUGUGCAUCUUCCUGGCUGAGGAGGAGCAGCGCCUUCUCCAGGCCCUGAAGAAGGAGGAGGAUCAGACGGCAGAGAAGCUGCGUGAGAACAAGGCCGUCCUGGCCCAGCAGAACUGCUCCCUGGAGAUGCUGCUCCUGGAGCUGGAGGACAAAAGGGAGCACUCGGCACUGCAGAUGCUGCAGGAUAUGAAUCACCCACUUGACAGGAUAAAGAACCUGAAGAUAGAGUACCCAGCAGCCAUCCCCACUGGGCUGAAGACCGUGUGCAGGGUUCCUGGGCAGAUAGAGGUGCUCAAGUGUUUCCAAGUGGACGUGGUACCUGAUGCUGCCACAGCGUACCCCUACCUUCUCCUGUACGAGAGCCGACAGAGGUGCUACCUCAACUGCCCACUGGACAGCACUCUCCGCAGCAAGGACAGGUUCCUUGCCUACCCCUGCGUGGUGGGCCAGACGGCCUUCUCCACGGGGAGGCAUUACUGGGAGGUGGGCAUGAACCUCACCGGGGAUGCGCUGUGGGCUCUGGGUGUGUGCAGAGACAACAUUAGCCGGAAGGACCGGGUCCCCAAGUCCCCUGCAAAUGGAUUCUGGGUCGUGCAGCUGUCCAAGGGGAAGAAAUACUUACCCAUGUUCUCGGAUGCCACCCCCUUCACAUUGAUGGAGCCCCCCAGCCAUGUGGGGAUCUUCCUGGACUAUGAGGCCGGGGAUGUUUCCUUCUACAACGUGAAUGACGGCUCACACCUCCACACUUACUCUCAGGCUGCCUUCUCGGGGCCCCUCCAGCCUUUCUUCUGCCUCGGGGCUCCUAAAUCAGGCCAGAUGGUAAUCUCCACAGUGACCGCGUGGGUGAAGGGUUAGAGACCCAGGCAGGGAGGACAGCUGAGGAUGUCCUCAUAUCUGUGUAAGGUGGGGUGCCUUCUGCUCGCCCAUAGGGCCCAUGGUCAAGGCUCAUCAAGGAUGAGUGCCAUUAGCUGUUCAGGGUUGUUGUGUACAAAGUCCAAACAUAAUCAUGAUUAAAACAGUUAAACAUUAAAAGACUGUAUUUACAGAUGCUUAAUAGAACCUUUGAAAGUAACCUCCUAAACUUUAUUACAUAUGUGUGUAUGUUGUGGUUAGCUGCC